UGAACUUCCCCCUCAGCUGUCAAAGCGUUCACACCAUUGCUCGUGGAAGCAAUAUCAUCUUUUUUUAAUUUAGGAUAUCAAACGGGCUUAAUGGAGGGCCAACGCUGGUUACCACUGGAAGCAAACCCUGAGGUUAUGAACCAAUUUUUACGGCAGCUUGGCUUGGUUCCCACCUGGCAGUUUGGGGAUGUGUACGGUCUGGAGCCCGAAGUUCUCAGUUUGGUGCCAAGGCCUGUGUGCGCUGUACUUUUGCUCUUCCCUAUAACAGAGAAGUAUGAAACCUUUAGACAGGAAGAGGAGGCAAAAAUUAAGGCACAAGGACAAGAGGUGUCCUCGGAUGUUUACUUCAUGAAACAAACCAUCGGCAAUGCUUGUGGUACAAUAGGGCUGAUUCAUGCUGUGGCAAAUAAUCAAAGGCAUCUGGAGUUUGAGCCAAAUUCACCCCUUAAGGCAUUUUUACUGCAAUCUGCAAAAAUGAGCCCAGAAGAAAAGGCAGCUUUCCUUGAAAAAGACGAGAGUAUCCGAGUAACACAUGAGUCAAGCGCUCAGGAAGGACAAACAGAGGCUCCAGGUUUAGAUGAAAAAGUGGAUUUGCAUUUCAUUGCCUUUGUAAACGUUGAGGGAAAUUUAUAUGAACUGGAUGGACGUAAACCUUUUCCAAUUGUUCAUGGGAAAACCACAGACGACACAUUUCUUGAGGAUUCUGCAGAGGUCUGCAAGAAGUUCAUGGCACGUGAUCCCCAGGAGCUCCGCUUCACUGUGGUGGCUCUUUCCAAAGCAUAAAUGUUCUUAUUUCACCUGAAAAAAAA